UGCAAUUCAUUUUGAUAGCCAGUUUGAAAGGCUGGUCGAUCCCAACCCACAUGAGUAAUCGCACACAUAAGCGCACGUAUGUAAUUUGUAUUCAUACGUAACACAAUACAAUAGCAUAAUACUGCAGCUUUAAGUUCGCGGAAUAAAUGAUUGUCCGCCUUACUAUACAUCGCGCGCUAUGUACGAACUUUGGAUUGCUCGAUAUAAGUUAUAUAUUAUGAAAAUGACGCGGUGGAGGAAGAGGGGGAGGGAGUCAACCUGUAAGGGAGAUCAGGAUCAGGAUGAACAAGAUGGUGUAGGUUUACAUAGUGGAUAUCGAUCAGCUGGAUUCGGAGAAACUAUACGAGAUUGGUUCAGAAUACUCAAAAAUCGAAUCGUGGGAAAAUGGCAAGAAUGGUUUGGCAACGAUGAUCCAACUCCAAGUUUUUCACCGCAGGAUAUUAUCAACAUCGAUAAAACUAUAGGAAAUCGAGUAUCGGGUUAUCCAGGUUUAUUCUUGGAUUUGUCUAGCAUAUCCUUCGACCCAAAACAAGAUUGGGGUAUUCGAGUUGGUAACUGGUACAUCAUCCGGAAAGUUACAGGAAAUCACUAUAGUCCAGAUAGCGACUCAGAUGAAUGGGACAUGAGACCUCUGAUGCCAAAUCUGCCAUCACCUACCAUGUUUGGGAUUGAUUGGACACCUAAUAUAUACGAAUUCGAGAUUCCAAAAACCACGCAACUUCCGACUACGCCGAAGAUUAAACUGACCACGUCGCGACAACAGAUAUCUCAAACUGUUACUCAGACUGAAUCAGUCUUAACUGAAUCUACUGUAACUCUUACCGAACCGAUUCCACUUACUACUCAGUUAACUGCAACUUCCACAGAGCCGACUGCAGCAUCGACCGAAGAAAUUCUAACUUCUACUGAACCGAUUGUUACAAAUGAUGAAUCAGUUACGAUAUCUACUGAAUCAAUCUUAACAUCUACGGAAACAAUUACAUUUUCUACAGAAUCAAUUGUUCCGUCCACUGAGUCUGCAGUGACUUACACCGAACUAAUUAUACCGUCCAUCGAGACAAUGUUAAAUUCCACCGAAUCAAUCGUAACAUCUGUCGAAUCUACUGUAAUUAUUACUGAAUCAAUUGCGACAUCAAAUGAAGAAAUUAUAACUAGUACUGAAUUGUCUGAUCGAACGUCCACUGACCUAAUUUUACCUGUUUUGAAUAAGAAAAUAGAAGAGAACGAGACUGUCAAUACACGUACUACAAAAAAGCCUCGUCCAGCAUCUGCUGAAGUUAUAAUGUUUUAAAAACAGAUCAAACGAGAUUCAUAUACGACUAGGUUCAACUUUGUUCACUUAACAAACAUUACAACUAAAAUAAGUCUAUUGUGAAUAUACUUUAAUAUAAUUAAUUUAUUUUGACAAUAUUAACAUAUAUUAGGAAAAAAUUAUAGAAAAAAUAAUUUUCUACACUAAAAGAAAUUUAUCUCAGAAUUAAAUUUUAGUAUAUUUAUAAAAAGAGAUAGAAAAAAAACAAGAAAAAAUAAUUAUAGAAUCUCACAACAGACUUAAUCAUUUAAUAUGACAAUGAU